CAGUCAUAAACGAAGUGUAACGGCGUGUUGACGUUUCUCAAAUGCGCACCGGUAGAACGAACUAAAUCAAAGACCAAAAAGAACCAUCUAACCAUCCAACGACUCUAUGCUAACACACAGUAUAUUUGAAUCGCACAAAUCGAAAAACUUGCGUGUAAUCUCAACUAUUUCAAUACCGUUUUGUCCGCUUCUAGUUUCGUGUAAAUAAAAAACGAUGCAAAACUUUCGUUUUUGCUGUGAAACGAAAUGCUAAUUUUUUGGCCAUAAACGGAAGAGAUCCAACAAAAAAAAAAGAAAAAUGUUCAACAUAUUCUAUUUGUCGAGUGCAAAACUUUUUGGCUGUUACCAAGUUCGAAAUCGUAACGCUGAAAUUUAAAGCGCUUUAAGCAAACGCCCAGAACGUCGAGAAGUCCUCGAGUUCGAGAAACAGGGCGUAGCUACUCUUGUGGUUUUAAUGCCUGACAUACAAAAAAUAAAAAAAUAUAAAUAAAAAAGUAAAAAGCGAAACGAAGAAAUUGUGUGGUGUUAGUGAAAUUGUAUCUUUGGGAUACUUAAGCGCGCCACAAAAAAGAAUUAAUUAAACUAAAAAACAAGAGUGAAAAAAACGAUAAAAACGAAAAACAAUAAAAACACAUAGUUCAACUAAAAAUGUAAAUGCAAAAUAUGCCUAAUUAAUUUAGUAACAGUGGGCGCAAAUGAAAUUGUAAUGGAAAACCAAACAAAUGCAAUUUACAAGUAAUAAGCAAUUAUCAAUGCAGCCAUAAUCGAAACGAAAUCUAAGCAAAAAAGCAAUAAAAACGAAAAAAAAAAUUGGAAAACAACGAGUGAAAAGCGUGGUUGCAGAGAGAGAGAGCUAGAUAAACAAGCUCGAUGCAGUUAGUGAAAUGUGUUUUAGUUAAAGCAAAUUCCACGCCGGAAUUCACAAUUGCAAAAUGCGUUUAAAUGCCACAACAACAGCAGCAACAACAACACGCAAAUCAACAACAACAACAAAACCAAAAGCAAAAACAAAACAGACGCUUCAAGCUUCCACAACGCGAUCAACGUCAACGUCAACGAGAACAAAAACAACAACAGCAACAAUAAAAAGCCGCGACAAGUGCAAUAUUGAAUCUUUUUUAUGCAAUUUAAUACAAUUAUUUAUACUAACAACAAGUAUAAUGUGUAUGGCUAAUGCCAUUGGCAGUGGAUUGCUGCGGGUCGAGGCUCAGUUCCAGACACAGACGCAGACAUCGGCAGCCGCAGGAGGAGAAGGGAGCAGCAACAUGGAUGCGUUUAGUGGUCAGCAACAGCAAUUUGAUGAUCUGCUGCCACCGCCGCCAGAGUUGGCCACAACAGCAGCACCCUUUCAAUUUUCAACUGCUGCUGCCAGUCACACACAAACACACUCACACACACACACGCACUCGCACACACAUCAGCAUCAACAUCAACAUCAACAUUCACACGGUCACACACACAUACAGGCGGCAACAACGUUACGUGUUAGUUACGAUUCCAAUGAAAUCGAUAAUUCCUAUGCCAUUGCUGCCGCGGAAGCAGCUGCGGCUGAAGCAGAUGAUGUCGACUCUGAUGCUGAUGCUGAUGCCGAUUCAGAUGCUGAUGACGUUGAAACAGUCGCCGAUGAUUACGUCAUUGCGUUGGGACAUGGCCAGAACACAACGAAAGAGAAAAAUGACAGAGCAACGGCAACAACAUCGACAACAACAGCAACAGUAACAACAAUACCAGCAGAAGCAGCAGCGAAUGGAAAGCACCUAAUGAAUGCAAAAACACAAGAUUUAUUAUCCUUAUCGCAGCUGAGUUCACAUCAAACAUCAACUGCGCCACACGAGAAGAACGCAUCAAGUCUGAAAAACUCCCUCAGCAGCAGUAGCGGUGGCGCCUCAUCUGGCGGCAACUUCCAGCAAAUUGGCUCACAACGAGUCAAUGGCAACGUUUCGCCUACAGCUGCUGCUGCGUCACCAGCUCACAAUGUUAGCUCCAAUGGCCAACAGGUUGCAGUCAAUGGUAGCUCAAUAGCGCCCACCUUAUCCACAUCCACCUCCAAUGUCCGAACGUCGGCCAAGAAGGUGGAUAGCAAAUUCAUUUUGCCCAAGCAGCAGAAAACCGAUGCUCCCAUGCUCAACUAUAUCUUCGACACGUUCUCGUCGGCCAACAAGCAUCAUCAUCACGAUCAAAGGUAUGGGCCGCACUUUGAGGACGUGCAACGCGUUGGACAACCAACAAAUAUGACUGUUCAGGCGGGGAGCAGCAUUCAUUUAAAUUGCAGAAUUUCAUUGCUGCAAGAUAAGACUGUCUCUUGGGUGCGACGUAGUGCGCAGAACGAGGAAAAUGGAUUGGAUCUGCUGACAGUGGGUCUGCAUGCUUAUACGGGCGAUAAGCGCUAUAAGAUGGAGUUUCAGUAUCCCAACAAUUGGCGGCUGAAAAUUAUAAAUGUUAAAAAGGAUGACGAGGCGACAUACGAAUGCCAAAUCUCAACGCAUCCGCCCCGCGUCAUACAAAUAAAUCUGCAUGUAAAUGCUCCCAAAGUGAUGAUUGUGGAUGAGUAUGGGGAUCCGUUGCAGGAGAAGUACUAUGAGAUUGACUCCACGCUGCAAUUGUCGUGUGUGGUACGCAAUGUGGCCAUGACCAGCUCGGUGGUAUUUUGGAAGCACAGCGAGAAUGUGCUCAACUACGAUGUGACACGCGGUGGAGUUAGUGUCAAGACCGAACUGAUGGAAGAUGGCGCCAAUUCGACAUUGUUCAUUGCGAAAAUUCACAAGGCUGAUUCCGGCAAUUACACCUGUUCCAUUAGCGAGUUCCAGAACUUUACCAUUGUGGUGCACAUACUGAAUGGGGAGAGUUUUGCGGAGCUACAUCAUGGCGCUGCCGGAGUUGGGGCACGUGCAACGUGGCAAUAUAUAAUCGGAUUGUACGUUUCUCUAUUGCUGCUGCGUUGGCUUCGCUGCAGCAGUAGGUAAAGUUUAACACAAUGAGCACAAGACGCCUAACUUUAUCUAAGUUACACACAGAUAUAAUUAAUAAUAAAAUUAAAAAGAAACAAAAAAAAAGAUACUGAAUAAUUAGGCUCCUUAUGUACAUUUUUGUUAAUUAAUUGUAAAGAUUUUUUGGUGGCGGUGAGUUAUUAGAAAUAACUAAAAACUAAACGAAAUAAGUUCAAACUGAAUUGUUAUCCAUAAGCAACUAGUCUAAGUAAAAUGCCUAUAGAUAAGAUGAAUGAAACACUCUCGUUUGAUAUUCGUUAGCAUCAAUUUGUACAUGUAAAAGCACACAUAAAGUUAAUAAUAGUUGUAAGUCGAAAUAUGCAAAAGAUGCCAACGAAUUUCCAUAGAACAAUUUUGAACUAAACGUAAUUAUAAUCAAAUUAAUGAGAAAAACGAUUAACAAAUAAACAAUGGACACGCAUAUGAGAAUAAAAAAAAGGAGAAUUAAAUAAAUAAAUACAGGAAUGUAAGAUAACAUAUGAAACUGCUGUGGGAUGGCUUUUAUAAAUACAUAAACUAACGUAAAAUACAUAUUGUAAGCCACAGGAUACACACCCACACACACAAACACAACUACACACACACUGAAACACAGAGUCAAAGUCGCAGAACUAUUUGAAGCAGCGUAAACUUGUGUAAUUUAAUGCUUACAAUAUCUAGAACGUAAGCCAAGAUAUGAUUAAUAAAUAAAACUACACAAUGAUGAA